UGGGAAGGUAUGGUGGCGUGUUUUCUGCUUCAUCAGUGAAAUAUAUUUAAUGUGAAGUGUGUAGCUUUACGCGAAACGUUUAUUUGUUGACUUUGUGAGACCGGGUGUUGCCGAUGAGAUACCAUGGAAGCAAAGCAUAAGAAGAAAGUGUUUUCUCCAAAGGGUGAGAAGAAAUAUGCACAGAAAGGAAAAGUAAAACCUUUCAAAGCUAAACCAGCAGGUAAACAAGGUGGCAAACCGACAGGAACAUUCAAACCCCGUCCAGGAGAGAAAGGAAAGACAUUUCAGAAGCCUGGAGGAAAGGGAGGCCCACAGAAGUUUCUGAAGAAUAAACAAGCAGACGGGAAGUUUCUGAAGAAUAAACAAGCAGGCGGGAAUUUUCUGAAGAAUAAACAAACAGAUGGGAAGUUUCUAAAGAAUAAACAAACAGACGGGAAGUUCUCCGGGAAGAGGAAGUUUCCCCAAGGGAAGGAAAAGCAAAAGGAAGGCUCCUCAGGUCCUGAAGCAAAGAAGCCCAAAUGGGAUGAGUUCAAACAGCAGAAGAAGGAACUGAAACAGAACCGGCAACAGAAUGAGAAGAAAGAGAGCUACCAAAUUGUGAGCCGAGCCAAACAAGUAUGGGAGAUGGUCAGGAGGAAAGACUGUGAUAAAGCAAAGCGAGUCAGACUCAUGAACGAACUUCAGGAACUUGUACGCGGUAAAAUAAAAGCAAUCGCCUUUGCACACGAUUCCACCAGAGUGCUGCAGUGUUUCAUUCAGUUUGGCGAUGACAAGCAGAGGCAGGAGGUGUUUGACGAGCUGAAGGAUCACAUUGUUGAACUUAGCAAGUCCAAAUAUGCAAGAAAUAUCGUGAAGAAGUUUUUAAUGUAUGGGAGCAAGCAGCAGGUGGGGGAGGUGAUGAAGUCCUUCAAGGGGCAGGUGAGGCAGAUGCUGCGGCACUCUGAAGCGUCCUCGGUGGUGGAGUACGCCUACAACGACAAGGCCAUCCUGCCCCAGAGGCUCAUGCUGACCGAGGAGCUGUACGGAAACACAUUCCAAGUCUGCAAGUCUGCAGUUUGUCCCACACUGGACAAAGUACUGGAGAGCAACCCAGAGAAGCAGACUAGCAUUAUGGAGGAGAUGAAGCAGAUCCUCACACCUAUGGCCCAGAAAGAGGCAGUCAUAAAACAUUCACUCGUACACAAAGUGUUCCUGGACUUCUUCUUGUUCUCCCUACCCAAACAGAGAUCGGAAAUGAUCGAGUCGAUUCGGGAGGCAGUGGUGUACAUGGCCCACACGCAUGAUGGGGCGAGGGUCGCUAUGCACUGCCUGUGGCACGGGACCCCAAAGGACAGAAAAGUCAUUAUAAAAACCCUGAAAACGUACAUCAGCAAGUUUGCUAUGGGGGAAUAUGCACAUCUGGUGCUCCUGGCUGCGUUUGACUGCAUCGACGACACCAAGCUGGUGAAGCAGGCCGUGUUGUCCGAGAUUGUAGCGUCUCUGUCAGACAUCAUCAGCAAUAAGUACGGGAAGAAGGUGGUCCUGUACCUGCUGAGUCCUCGAGACCCUGCCCACAUCCUGCCCGAGAUCAUCCAGGUGCUGGAGAAGGGGGACGGAAACGCUCACAGUAAGAAGGACGUGGCCGUGCGGCGCAGGGAGCUGCUGGAGGCCGUGUCCCCGCCCCUGCUGCAGCACCUGUGCGACAACGCCAGCGCCAUGGCGAUGGACAAGGCCUGCAGCGUCGUCGUGAGCGACAUCCUGGGGGCCGCCACGGGGGACCUCCGGCCCGCCAUGCAGGCCGUGGCAGACCUGGCGACCGAGGACUUGACCCCUGGCGGGGUGGAGGGUCGGCUGCACAUGGCAGAGCACCCCGCUGGCCACCUGGUGCUCAAGUGGCUGAUCGAGCAGGACGCCAAGAUGGAGGAGGCCCAGAAAGAAGAGCGCUUCUCCAGGGUCCUGCUGGAGCAGGUGGGUGUCGACAGGCUGAAGACCUGGGUGUCCGUAAACAGAGGAGCCAUCGUGCUCUGCAGUCUUCUUCAGAGUGCAGAUAAGGGUGUCGCAGAGGAGCUGAAGUGUGCGCUGAAGUCCAUCGUCCCUCAACUGAAGAAAAUUGAGAACUCAAAGGGUGUGGAGGCUCUGCUGGAAAAACUGGCCAAAUAGAGACUCCCUUUCAACAUUUCCUCACAGAUUUAAAGCAGACAUUUUCUCACCUGGUCCACUAUUUUAUAGUGCCAAGGUUUUCUGAGUAGCAGCAUACAUUGACCUUUUAUUUUUUAUAAUUGAAGGUUAAGACAGUCAUGAUUGUGUUGGCUGCAGCUUCAAGAUGUCUAAAUGGAUGAAACUUGUGUCUAUUGUAAAGCAACUUUUUAAAUAUAAAAGAUGUGGAAAGUA